GGGGAGGCAAGGGAGGAGAUUGUGGCGGGGGAAAGCGGAGUUUGUCCCUCCUACCUCUGUAGGGUGGCUGGGUUAGACGGGGUGAUGAGACAGACUUCGGAAGCUCCUUAAGUCUGCCCCUUGCUAUUUGGAGCCCAGGGACUUACCUAGUUUUGGCCCCUGGCUCUGGAGGUAUUCUGGGAUCCCUCCCCCAUUUUAGGCCCCUUGAUUAGAGGUACAACCUGCCUCAACUCCCCCACCCCCCGACCCCCAACCCAGGAGGACACCUUCCAUUUGGAGAGAGUCUCUGGUGUCCCCAGCCCAUGAGGAUGCCUUCCUAUUGGAGAGAGUGGGAAUGAGAAGACUUUCAGCUAUUACCAGACCCUUAUUCCUUCAUGUGAAUGAGCUCUAGGUCCUUGGCUAAGAAGAGGUCUUGACUGGGGAGGGUGGAAGCUUGAGGGGAGUAGGGAGUUGGAAAGAGAAAUACAUUUAGAAAAAGGAGGUUGGAGAUGCUAAUGGCAGACUGCUUAUGCUGCCCCUUUGCAGUUGAGGGAGAGCCUGGGCCCUUCAUCCAGGGUCACACUGUCCAAAGAAAUAAAAUGGGAGCCACAAGUGCAAUUUAAAAUUUUCUGGUAACCACAUUAAAACAAAUAGAAGCAGGUGAUAUUAAUUUUAAUAGUAUAUUUUCUUUGACUAAACAUACCCCAAAUGUUAUUAUUUCAACAUGUAAUCAAGAUACAAAUGUUUAUGAGAUUUUUUACAUUCUUUUUCCCUGUUGUCUUCAACGUGCAGUGUGGCAUGAAAUUUUACACUGAUAGCAAACUCCGUUUGGGUGAGAGAUGUUUCUGGUACCCAGUAGUCGUGUAUGACUAGCGGCUCCUAUACUGGGCAGCACAGAUCUAGAGCUCAUUACUGGGAGGCAAGGGUGGUAGGAGGUUUGGGGCUCCCCAGAGGGCAAGGAACCUCUACGACCUGGAGGUGUGGGCAGAGGUGAGCAGACAGAGGCCGUGCAAGGGGAGCGACAAGCAUAUCAGUGUCCUUUGUGGUCUGACAUCCCUGAUUGGUGGUGGCAGCUGAGGCAUGGCAUGGCAUGGCUAGGAUCGAUCCCUUGCCAGACUCAAACAUGUCUCUGGGCUGUCAGUUCUGUCACUUCUGUGUCACUGUACUAGGGAACCGUACACAUGGGAAGAUUUCAAGGGCGCCACCAUGAGAGCAAUAUUCCCUUCCUUGCCAAAACUCUUGUCUUCUUGGCCUGAAAUUCUACCACCUGGCACUUUAGCUUAAGGCUCUGACUGUGGUUAAACUACGUCUCUCUUGGGAAUGAGAACCCUUUCAGCUAUGAUCAGUCCCUUAUACCUUCCUGUGAAUGAGCUCUAGAUGCUUAGCUAAGAGAAGGUCUUGAGGGGGAGGCUGGGGAGUUUGAGGGAAGUAGGGAGAGAAGGUUGGAAAGAGAAAUAUAUUUAGAAAAAAGGAGGUUGGAGGUGCUAACAGCAGCAUGCUCAUUCUGCAGAUUUGACUCUAAGUUCCUGGAGGGCAGGGAUCAUGUCUCACCCAUAGGGACAUUCCACCAUCCAGUGCCUGCUGCAGGGAAGGGGCUCAGCACACACGGGCCAAUUGAUGUUUCUACACUAAAGUCAGUCUAGUGGGUUCCCUGGAGGGAUCCUUUCAGUGCCACCCUGGGGAGAAGAGGAACUUUCCUGAAUGUUCCUGGUAGCCUCUUGCAAUUCCCCACUCUCUGGAUUCCUUAGAGAGAACUAGAGAUACAAGAAGGCCCAUAUGUCUGUAAGACAUUAGGCUUUGGAUUAAAAAAAAAAGAGAGAGAUGGCUGGGCGUGGUGGCUCACGCCUGUAAUCCCAGCACUUUGGGAGGCCGAGGUGGGCAGAUCAUGAGGUCAGGAGAUUGAGACCAUCCUGGCUAACACGGUGAAACCCUAUCUGUACUAAAAAAUACAAAAAAUUAGCUGGGCAUGGUGGUGGGCGCCUGUAGUCCCAGCUACUUGGGAGGCCGAGGCAGGAGGAUGGCAUGAACCCGGGAGGUGGAGCUUGCAGUGAGCCAAGAUCGCACCACUGCACUCCAGUCUGGGUGACAGAGCAAGACUCUGUCUCCAAAAAAAAAAAAAAAAAAAAAAAAAGAGAAAUUUGGUGGCAGGCAAAAGGAAGGCCCUGUGAGAAAGCUGGAGCCUGCCCAGCAGUUGUCUCGGGCCCCAUCCCUGAAGGGCAUCUGUCUUUCGGAGGCGUGGUUUCUGGCAACUGCUUGAUUUUCAUGAGCAUUUCUGUAGCAGAGAUGUGCAGAUCCUGGGGGAGGCGGGAGGGCUGGAGUGGCAGGCUCACCCUGUCCACCCUUUAGCUCUUCCCUGCUCAGAAGUUUUGCUGGGGAUGUGAUGAAGAUGGGAGAGAUGGCAGUGCCGUGGCCGAUGGCCAGCUGGGAGGGAGAGUGACAUCCGUGGGCACCACUCCACUCAGGCUUUGUGUUACCCUCACUGCUGUGGCUCUUGGUCCCAAUCCAAAAUAAUGACAUUUAGCAAGGAUAUGUGUCAGGCCCCUGGGUUGGGUUCAAAAGAUCCUGCAUGCCAGUGAUGGCCCGAGAGGCCAGCUCACCAGCUCAUGUGUAACAAGACCAAACCCCAGCUCACCAGCUUGGGUUUUCGGGUACCCCUGAGCUCUGAACAAGUCAGUGCUGUUGCACCCUGCUGCGGAAGAGCUGCUACUAGCUGAGGCCACAGAAGGAAGGGCUGUAGUGACGUCCAGUGCCCAGGAGGAGGGGGCUCUGUGCCAGGCAGAGCCAUGCAGAGGAGGGCCCUCGGGGCUGGCCCCAUGGCAAGCAGGGCACGCUGACCAGUAGCACAGGCCCUGGUGAGAGACAGAUGGAAGAUCUGGUUUAGACUGUGGGGAGGACUGGCGGGUGGGAGUGGGGGUGGGGGUUGGGGGUGAUGCAAGAGCUGUCUUCCUUCACCUGGCUGGGGGCCUGUCACCUGCGGGAUAAGGUCACUAAUCCCAGCAAAUAGCCUGUUAGCUCAUCUAAGUCCUCACACUGCUGUGAUUAUUUCAGGCAAGAAAACAUGGCUCAGAGAGGCUAAGUGACUUCCCUAAGAUCACACAGCCAGUUAGUGGCAGAACUGGGACAUGAACUCAGAUCUGUCUGACUCAAAUCCAUGCACUUGAACCCCAGACUAGCAUUUUCAGUAUGCCUUCCUAGGGCAGAACCCACUGGCUGAGUUUUGGAAGGCAUCAGUAGACUGGAGGGCUGGGUCCCGGUCAUGGCUCCUGUUCUUCCCUGGCCCUUGCUCUUCUGGGAUGCCCUUGGGAUGCUCAACUAACCUCUGUCUCUUUCUCUUUGUCCGUGUCUGUCUGUCUCCUUCUCUCUCUGCCUCUCUUCGGGGAGGGAGGUUUUCCUCUCUUCUCUUUCAUCUUCUGUAUGUGUGUCCCUCUGUCCCUCCUGUCUGUCCAUCUGCCUCUCUCCAAACCUCUGUCUCCCUCCCUGUGCUUGUUCUGGUCUCUCCGCAGGACCCUCCGGUGGACAUGGGUGGGGCCCUGGGGCCGGCCCUGUUGCUCACCUUGCUCUUCGGUGCCUGGGCAGGGCCGGGUCCAGGGCAGGGCGAGCAGGGCAUGAUGGUGGCCGUGGUGUUUGGCAGCUCGGGGCCGCCCCAGGCCCAGGUCCGUGCCCGCCUCACCCCCCAGAGCUUCCUGGACCUACCCCUGGAGAUCCAGCCGCUCACAGUUGGGGUCAACAACACCAACCCCAGCAGCCUCCUCACCCAGAUCUGCGGCCUCCUGGGUGCUGCCCGCGUCCACGGCAUUGUCUUUGAGGACAACGUGGGCACUGAGGCGGUGGCCCAGAUCCUUGACUUCAUCUCCUCCCAGACCCAUGUGCCCAUCCUCAGCAUCAGCGGAGGCUCUGCUGUGGUCCUCACCCCCAAGGAGCCGGGCUCCGCCUUCCUGCAGCUGGGCGUGUCCCUGGAGCAGCAGCUGCAGGUGCUGUUCAAGGUGCUGGAAGAGUACGACUGGAGCGCCUUCGCCGUCAUCACCAGCCUGCACCCGGGCCACGCGCUCUUCCUGGAGGGCGUGCGCGCCGUCGCCGACGCCAGCCACGUGAGUUGGCGGCUGCUGGACGUGGUCACGCUGGAGCUGGGCCCGGGAGGGCCGCGCGCGCGCACCCAGCGCCUGCUGCGCCAGCUCGACGCGCCCGUGUUUGUGGCCUACUGCUCGCGCGAGGAGGCCGAGGUGCUCUUCGCCGAGGCGGCGCAGGCCGGCCUGGUGGGGCCCGGCCACGUGUGGCUGGUGCCCAACCUGGCGCUGGGCAGCACCGAUACGCCCCCCGCCACCUUCCCCGUGGGCCUCAUCAGCGUCGUCACCGAGAGCUGGCGCCUCAGCCUGCGCCAGAAGGUCCGCGACGGCGUGGCCAUUCUGGCCCUGGGCGCCCACAGCUACUGGCGCCAGCAUGGAACCCUGCCAGCCCCGGCCGGGGACUGCCGUGUUCACCCUGGGCCCGUCAGCCCUGCCCGGGAGGCCUUCUACAGGCACCUACUGAAUGUCACCUGGGAGGGCCGAGACUUCUCCUUCAGCCCUGGUGGGUACCUGGUCCAGCCCACCAUGGUGGUGAUCGCCCUCAACCGGCACCGCCUCUGGGAGAUGGUGGGGCGCUGGGAGCAUAGCGUCCUAUACAUGAAGUACCCCGUGUGGCCUCGCUACAGUGCCUCUCUGCAGCCUGUGGUGGACAGUCGGCACCUGACGGUGGCCACGCUGGAAGAGCGGCCCUUUGUCAUCGUGGAGAGCCCUGACCCUGGCACAGGAGGCUGUGUCCCCAACACCGUGCCCUGCCGCAGGCAGAGCAACCACACCUUCAGCAGCGGGGACGUGGCCCCCUACACCAAGCUCUGCUGUAAGGGAUUCUGCAUCGACAUCCUCAAGAAGCUGGCCAGGGUGGUCAAAUUCUCCUACGACCUGUACCUGGUGACCAACGGCAAGCAUGGCAAGCGGGUGCGCGGCGUAUGGAACGGCAUGAUUGGGGAGGUGUACUACAAGCGGGCAGACAUGGCCAUCGGCUCCCUCACCAUCAAUGAGGAACGCUCCGAGAUCGUAGACUUCUCUGUGCCCUUUGUGGAGACGGGCAUCAGUGUGAUGGUGGCUCGCAGCAAUGGCACCGUUUCCCCCUCGGCCUUCUUGGAGCCAUAUAGCCCUGCGGUGUGGGUGAUGAUGUUUGUCAUGUGCCUCACUGUGGUGGCCAUCACCGUCUUCAUGUUCGAGUACUUCAGCCCCGUCAGCUACAACCAGAACCUCACCAGAGGCAAGAAGUCCGGGGGCCCAUCUUUCACUAUCGGCAAGUCCGUGUGGCUGCUCUGGGCGCUGGUCUUCAACAACUCGGUGCCCAUCGAGAACCCGCGGGGCACCACCAGCAAGAUCAUGGUUCUGGUCUGGGCCUUCUUUGCUGUCAUCUUCCUCGCCAGCUACACGGCCAACCUGGCCGCCUUCAUGAUCCAAGAGCAAUACAUCGACACUGUGUCGGGCCUCAGUGACAAGAAGUUUCAGCGGCCUCAAGAUCAGUACCCACCUUUCCGCUUCGGCACGGUGCCCAACGGCAGCACGGAGCGGAACAUCCGCAGUAACUACCGCGACAUGCACACCCACAUGGUCAAGUUCAACCAGCGCUCGGUGGAGGACGCGCUCACCAGCCUCAAGAUGGGCUCUGAGGCUCAGCCUGUUCCCAGGAAGCUGGAUGCCUUCAUCUAUGAUGCUGCUGUCCUCAACUACAUGGCAGGCAAGGACGAGGGCUGCAAGCUGGUCACCAUUGGGUCUGGCAAGGUCUUUGCUACCACUGGUUACGGCAUCGCCAUGCAGAAGGACUCCCACUGGAAGCGGGCCAUAGACCUGGCGCUCUUGCAGUUCCUGGGGGACGGAGAGACACAGAAACUGGAGACAGUGUGGCUCUCAGGGAUCUGCCAGAAUGACAAGAACGAGGUGAUGAGCAGCAAGCUGGACAUCGACAACAUGGCAGGCGUCUUCUACAUGCUGCUGGUGGCCAUGGGGCUGGCCCUGCUGGUCUUCGCCUGGGAGCACCUGGUCUACUGGAAGCUGCGCCACUCGGUGCCCAACUCAUCCCAGUUGGACUUCCUGCUGGCUUUCAGCAGGGGCAUCUACAGCUGCUUCAGCGGGGUGCAGAGCCUCGCCAGCCCACCGCGGCAGGCCAGCCCGGACCUCACGGCCAGCUCGGCCCAGGCCAGCGUGCUCAAGAUGCUGCAGGCAGCCCGCGACAUGGUGACCACGGCGGGCGUGAGCAGCUCCCUGGACCGCGCCACUCGCACCAUCGAGAAUUGGGGUGGCGGCCGCCGUGCGCCCCCACCGCCCCCCUGCCCGACCCCGCGGUCUGGCCCCAGCCCAUGCCUGCCCACCCCCGACCCGCCCCCAGAGCCGAGCCCCACGGGCUGGGGACCGCCAGACGGGGGUCGCGCGGCGCUUGUGCGCAGGGCUCCGCAGCCCCCGGGCCGCCCCCCGACGCCGGGGCCGCCCCUGUCCGACGUCUCCCGAGUGUCGCGCCGCCCAGCCUGGGAGGCGCGGUGGCCGGUGCGGACCGGGCACUGCGGGAGGCACCUUUCGGUCUCCGAGCGGCGCGCACUCCCAGAGCGGCCCCUGUCGCCCGCGCGCUGUCACUACAGCUCCUUUCCUCGAGCCGACCGAUCCGGCCGCCCCUUCCUCCCGCUCUUCCCGGAGCCCCCGGAGCUGGAGGACCUGCCGCUGCUCGGUCCGGAGCAGCUGGCCCGGCGGGAGGCCCUGCUGCACGCGGCCUGGGCCCGGGGCUCGCGCCCGCGUCACGCUUCCCUGCCCAGCUCGGUGGCCGAGGCCUUCGCUCGGCCCAGCUCGCUGCCCGCUGGGUGCACCGGCCCCGCCUGUGCCCGCCCCGACGGCCACUCGGCCUGCAGGCGCUUGGCGCAGGCGCAGUCGAUGUGCUUGCCGAUCUACCGGGAGGCCUGCCAGGAAGGCGAGCAGGCAGGGGCCCCCGCCUGGCAGCACAAACAGCACGUCUGCCUGCACGCCCACGCCCACCUGCCAUUUUGCUGGGGGGCUGUCUGUCCUCACCUUCCACCUUGUGCCAGCCACGGCUCCUGGCUCUCUGGGGCCUGGGGGCCUCUGGGGCACAGGGGCAGGACUCUGGGGCUGGGCACGGGCUACAGAGACAGUGGGGGACUGGACGAGAUCAGCAGGGUAGCCUGUGGGACGCAAGGCUUCCCGGGACCCUGCACCUGGAGACGGAUCUCCAGUCUGGAGUCAGAAGUGUGAGUUAUCAGCCACUCAGGCUCCGAGCCAGCUGGAUUCUCUGCCUGCCACUGUCAGGGUUAAGUGGCAGGCAGGAUUGGGCUUUUCUGGCUUCUACCAUGAAAUCCUGGCCAUGGGACCCCAGUGACAGAUGAUGUCUUCCAUGGUCAUCAGUGACCUCAGUAGCAUCAAAUCAUGGUGAGGGCUGGGCUUUUGCUGUCCUCUUAUCACGCAGAGUUCUGCCAGGAGGGUGUGCUGUGGGGGUCAGACUCCUGAGGCUCUCCCUGCCCUGGGGCUAGCCAGUUACUGGUCAUGGCUGCUGUGGGCAUGGAGGCUGGAACUUGUGGUUGAGGCAGGGCCAUCCCGAUCCUUGCUCUACCUGGCUAGAGUUUCUUCUCAUCAGAGCACUGGGACAUUAAACCAACCUUUUACAACA